GUCCAAAGCAAAAAAAGUCUCAUAGUCAUAUCCAUACAAACUAGCUAGCAAGUUUUCUCUUCCUUGGCUAUUUCUUUGUUGCUUCUCCCUCCCUUUCCAGGAACUUGACACACCCAGAAGACCACAGAUAUAUCUGGAUAUCUAAAUAGCAAGCUAACCAACUUCAAGUUAUCAACCUCACAUCAGACAGAGGGAGAGUGAUCAUCGAUCGAUCCGUCGAUAGCCAUGGGAAAUUGUUAUGCAGCUCCUGUGACUAACCAUAGCCCGUCUACCUCAGCAACAUUUAGAAACAAUAGCAAGCAAAAUGGAUUGGCAGGAAUCAAAAAGGCUGCCGGGAAUAGUAGUGGCAAAACAAGUAGUGGAAUAACCCCAAAAAAUGCUAGCAAGGCAUUAGGCAAAGGCAACAGCAAUAAUAAUAUUGAAGAAAAAAGUGCAGCUCCUGAUGCAGCAGCUCCAAGGGAAAGUGUGGAAACUGAGGUACCAAAGUUGAAAGAGUUUAGUUUAGCUGAGCUGAAGAAGUGCACUCGAGAUUUCAGACCAGACACAAUACUGGGUGAGGGAGGUUUCGGUAGGGUUUUCAAGGGAUGGGUAAACGAGGACACCUAUGCUCCGUCCCGGGUCGGCAUCGGCAUGGCCGUUGCCGUCAAGAAGUCCAACCCCGAUAGCUAUCAAGGGCUCCAAGAAUGGCAGGCGGAGGUGAAUUUCUUGGGGAAGUAUCGUCAUCCAAACCUUGUUAGGCUGCUGGGAUAUUGCUGCGAAGAAAAUCAAUUCCUUCUUGUUUAUGAAUAUAUGCAAAAGGGAAGCUUGGAAAACCACCUUUUCAGAAAAGGUCAAGAACCACUCGGAUGGGAAUUAAGACUUAAGAUAGCAAUUGGAGCUGCACGAGGUCUUGCUUUUUUGCACACCUCAGAAAAAGUCAUCUACCGUGACUUUAAGGCUUCCAAUAUUUUGCUGGAUCCGGCCUACAAUGCAAAACUUUCAGAUUUUGGACUGGCAAAGGUGGGCCCAAUAAAUGGCAACUCCCACGUAACCACACGCAUUAUAGGAACUUAUGGAUAUGCAGCUCCGGAAUAUGUCGCAACUGGUCACUUGUACGUAAAAAGCGACGUGUACGGUUUUGGUGUGGUAUUAUUGGAGAUGCUAACAGGCUUAAGAGCCCUUGACAACAAUCGACCCUCUCGUGAGCACAGUUUGGUGGAUUGGUUAAGGCCUUCUCUUCACAAGAAGAAGGAGCUAAAGAAAAUAAUGGAUCCAGGGCUCGGAGAUCAAUACCCAUUAAAAGCUGCCUGCCAAGCAGCCGAGCUCAUUCUAAAAUGCCUAGAAUCUGAUCCCAAAAACAGACCCUCCAUGGAGGAAGUUCUCGUAACUCUAGAAAAGAUAAAUGCCAUUAAGGAAAAGCCAAAAACUGCAAAACCCAAUGGCAGAGGACGGCCAGAUGUACGUUCAUCACCAUCACCCCAUCAUUAUAACCAUCAUCUUCAUAGGUCUCCAAACUUUGGUCCACGAGGAAUGUAGUGCCAGUGCCAAGUCCAAAUUUGUAUCUUGUAAUAAACUUGUAUUUUUAUUUUUUCUUUCUGGGGACUUUGUAUAUGGACCUGUGGACAUUGAAAUUUUGGCGAAAAAAAAAUUCACUAUUUUUUGUCAACGGUGAGAAAUUCAAGAUUUGACUAGUCAAAGUUAACCCAUACAACUCUUGGAUCUCA